AUGCUGCUGAUCAUUGAAGCUCUUCUUCUCAUUUCAGCUGCUCUAGGAAAGGAUCAAAGAGCUGCGGUUAAAGGAGAGAUAUGUCCACUGGAUAUGGCACUGAACUCAGUUGAUGAUCAGUAUGAGAAGUGUACAAAACAAAUGGUAAACCUGGUGAAGAACAAAUAUCUGAAUCAAGAAACGUCUAACCCCGAAUCUGAUUUUGCAAAGGCUUGGAACAAUGCUGAUAAGAAUCACAAGCCACCAGGAGAUAACUUGAAAAAGAAUCAUUUAAUCGCCAUUUAUGUGUACACUAACUCAAAAACAUCUGAUGUAUAUAAGAACUUUAAUGCAGCUGAUCGUAAAGACAAGAAAGAAUAUGAAAACAAAACAUACAAAUGGUAUUCACUUCACUUUCUGUUAACAGAAGCCAUACAGAUUCUGAAGAAAACACAAAAUAAAUGCUAUGAUACUUAUCGUCGUACCAACAUUGAAUUUGAUAAUGUUUUUCUGAACAAAGAGGUUCGUUUUGGCUCAUUUACUUCAUCCUCUGAGAAUAGUAAGAGUACAUCAGAUUAUGGAUCUAAAUCUUGUUUUGUAAUCCAAACUUGUGAAGGUGCUAAUAUUACAAAAUAUUCUAUGAUUCCUGAGGAGGAAGAAGUGCUGAUUCCUCCGUAUGAGAUGUUUAAAGUCACUGCUAUCAAAAGAAGAACAGAUGAGCCUAAACUCUGGUGUGAAACUGUCUAUGUGUUGAAAAGCAUUGGAACAAAAAGUUACCUGAACUGUGCUCUAUUUAAGAAACAAUCCAAGACCAUAAGGCUUAAAUUCAAAUGA